UUUAUUAUUGUCUUUUUUCUUUAAACGCGUGAUAACCACACAAAUGGGAAUGCAUAAUAUAUGUUUCAAAAAAUCUCCCCUCAAUUUAUUAAACAAAACAAAUAAAAAUUCUGCACUGAUUGGCUGAACGGCUUACAGUGAAACAGACACGUUCGAAUCACACGAAAAUUAAUUUUCGAUCAAGGCACAGUGAGUUGUGUGUGUACUCAAAACCUGCGAAAUACAUAUGUAUGUCUUGCUGCAAACAGGACGCGGAUAUUAAUCAGCCUUCCGUGGCGUAUUCUGCUCGGAUUAUUUGACGUGGGAUUGCAUUUGCCUAAGAAAGCACUGUAAACCAAGAGAUCGCUAAUAAUGCGAAAUAAAUUUCAAUCCGCUAUUAGGGGCGUAACGCGACAAUACAUUAUAAGAUCGUGGCCCCGAGGCAGAGAGCUAUUGAGGACGCAACUGAUUAUCCCGCCAUCUUCUACAUCUAGCCCAUUUACCUGUAGAAACUACUCAAAGUUUAGCACACAUUUGUCUAUGGAGCGGGCGUUGGAGUUGCUAUGCAACCUUGAUGACGAGGAACGCGGCAACCUGCGCUCCGCUCUUGGCAGGCUAGAUGCCGACAAGGAAAAAAAAUUAUACGAGAGUCAACUGGCUUUCGGUAGUUGGCGCACUCGCUUCGGACGACUUUCUAAUAAGACGGAAUUGGGCCAAGUUAUUGCGGGAACUUUUUGCGCAGUGCCCGAUGAUUGGCUGCGAAAAAAAUUGGUUGAGACGGCAGCAUCCCCCACGGCAGGUCAAUUGUACAGCAUUUUCUUUGUAAAUGCAGUGCCGUUUAUCGCUUUCGGAUUCCUUGACAAUUUCAUAAUGAUCAUGGCGGGUGAAUACAUUGAAUAUUAUUUGGGCCACUUUAUAACGCUGUCUACAAUGGCAGCCGCAGGACUAGGAAACACCAUAAGCGAUAUUUUAGGCAUCACUAUGGCCACCUACGUUGAGAAUGGGUGCCAGAUAUUGGGUCUAAAGCAGCCCAAUUUGACUCCAGCGCAAUUUGAAUUAAAGUCUAGCAAGCGGUCUUCAAGUUACGGACGGAUUGUCGGGAUCACUGUAGGCUGUUUGCUUGGAAUGUGUCCUUUAUGGUUUAUGGAUGAAAAAGCAGAUAAGGUGAAUGUAAAAGAUGAAAUCCCGAAAAAUUAGAAAAUGUUUUCCAGCUUGUCAAGAGAACGGAUAUCGGAAAUAAUUUAACAUUUUCUUUUCAUGUUUUAAAGGGAUAAAUUUUUUGUAUUAUUUAUGAAUUUUUCGUUCAACAAUUUGAAUAUGUAUCAAAUGUUUGUUAGGCAACUUAAAAAACGUACCAAAAGUAUCUGAGGUUAACAUAUGCUCAUCGGCGGUAAUUUUCUUCACAAAUUUUUAAUAUUUUUUUUUAUUACAUAAUAAAUUUAUAACAGAUUACUCCAAUUACCUGAGCAUCAAAAUGCAUGUGCAAUACUUUCUUAAGUUUUAACUCUAUACAGUGCCGCUUAACUGAAUAGGUUUUAAAAAUAUUUUUAUCGUGUGUCAUGUAGUUCUUUUAUCUGCCCGAUAGUUGAUUUGAAAGCAUCUCAGAAAGUUGUGGGACUGCCAUGUUGUAAGUUUUGGUAUGUUUAAUAUUAUUUUAUUUUGUUAUCUUCUUUUAUUAAAGUUCACAGAAUUAAAAUUUUUCAUAAAAUAUUAUUUCCGACUUCACGGGAUUUUUUUUAGUUAUAUAAAUUUACUUUCACAUACAUUCUUUUUUUAACCAUUUUUAUGGGAAAUCACUGAUUUUAAUUCACUGAUCAGAAUUGCUAGGUGUAUAGGAAAUUCUAUAAUUGAUCAGUACCGUACUAAAAGGAUUUCCUUGUUGACCCUACCGACUGCGACCGUUACAAGUUUACAAUUUUCAUAAGUAAAAAAAAAUAUAAUAUUAUUUAACUCAACUUGACUAACGUUCAAGCCUCGGUGUCGAGCUUUUUGAAUAUGGACUUGGGACUUUAGAGUUCUAAUGAGAUGUUGGAGUUAGUUCUCUUGUAAUCAAAAGCAUUCAUUCGCUCUUGGAUUUUUACGAUUUUAUUUAUUGAAAUUCAAACUUCUGCUUUCGAGGUUGUGAGUCUGGGCUUGGAAGGUAGAAACAUGCUGAUUUGACAAGUUGAUGCAACGAUGUGGGUGAUUUGUUUGGGGUUUUCGAUUUCAUCCUCUGGAGAAUUUUGGGUUUAUUCCAUUUAGCCUUGCUUUGGGUUUUUCCAUUAUGUGACACAUAAGUACAGCAUGUGCUUAAGUCUAAGGGACUUAUGGAUAUGUCACUAUAUAGAUAAUCGGGUAGGAAGUAUGUAAAAGAAUAAUAGAAUAAAUUUACCUGUUACUCUAGGAGUAACGAGUAACCAGGCCAGUAAGUCAAGACGUUUUCAUUUACAAAAAUUAUAUGGGUUUUAAAAUGUGUUGGUAAAUGUAUCAUAUUGGCUAAAACGCUGUUUAAUAAUGGCUAUAAAUUUGCAAAAAUUCAAUAUUUUCAUGGAGUAAGUAAUUAACUUGCAAUCGUUUAACAAAAUGCUCAUGUAAGAAAACCCACUUUGAUGUACCUACUUGCAUUAUAAUUAUUACCUCUUUAUAAAGAAAUUUGCUCUUUCAGCAUCGACAUACACAAGAAUGUUAAUACAAAAAUUGUUAUUUAUUCAAUGUAUAUAUUAUUGUAAUGCAGCAGUAUUGUGACCCAGCGUGCUACCUGUGGAAAAUAGAAUUUUCUGAAAAAUUUGUUUUACAACACAAUGAUGUAAGCAUCCUUAAAAUGAAAAUCAUGUCCAACAGAUAACAAUUUGACAAUCUGAACGCGCACACCCCGUGGGCAAUUUAAGACCUUAUAUCCCUGUUUGCAGCAUAUAUGUGUGAAAUAUAAACAAGAGAGAAUGCUACUUAGCGAACGCGAAAUUCUGAGUUAUCGAUAGAUAUUGGAGAAUAAAGGGGAGUUUUUGAAUUGAUCCUGAUCAAGAAUAUGUAUACUUUAUAUCGUAGGUAACGCUUCGUUGUACUUGUUAUAUACUUUUCAACAAAGCUAGUAUACCUUUUAACUCUAUGUGUAACGGAUAUAACAAAAAUAAUGUUAAAAGUUGAAACAAUGAAACCCAAAGCCUACGUCGAAACUCUGCCACCAAGGUCAGCACAGCUGAAGACUCAAAGGCUUUGUAGGGACUAUUUGGGUAGUUGGAUUGGAUUGGAUUUUAAUCAAUAAAGUCGUGGUUUUCACUUCAACUUUUUAUUUUUUAUUUGCACUUUGCCAAUAUUUAAAUGCAUCUGUAGCUAAUAAGACGUUUUUAAUUGUAGCGAUUUUAAACGAUUGUGGUUUUUUAUUUUAGCGAUUUUGGGCAUCGAUUCGCUUAUGCAUAGUUUACGAAAGCGAGUUAUAAUAAGCGAUUUAAUUGUAGAGCGAAAGCAGAACGCUAAGCAAAAGGUAUAUGUGCGAGAGUCCUAAAGAGAGAAGAGUAGUGAGUGAGAGGGGGGAGGGGGGCUUCGAUGCUCACGCAGCUUCUCUGCCUAAAUAACGAUUAUAUUGCUGCACAGCUGAAGUGAAUCUUUAACUGUGCCCCAUAUAUUUUUCUCAAUGACUUCAAUGACUGCAAUAAAAUGUAUGUUUUAAAUUACAAUAGUUAUAAUAAUUUCCUUUGUAUUUUGUCAUUUUGUUGCAAUAGUAAAGUACGGAAAUAUAAACGCAAAUAGUAAAUGCGAUAAGUAAUUACAAUUACAAUGGCCUCCUCGUGGUGUUCCCUGUGUACCGAUUAUUACAUAUAUUACAUUUAAUUAAUUAUUAGCAUAAAUAUAAAUGUGUAAACGGUAGCUAAUUAGAGCGGCGAUUUUAGCAAACGAAUAUUAAAAAACUUUAAAAUUGUGUGAAACCUCCAGAAACAACCCAGCCUAACUGAUUCUGUGAAGGGGCUGCAAAAUAAGCAAGCGUCUACAUUCGUUGAGUUGAUUUUUCAAACUGAAUUUUUACUUAUUUGGUCCAGCUUAUAAAGCUGAAACCCACAUUAUCAUAUCUAUUAUUAUAUUAUCUUAUAAUAUCUUUAACUCCGAAAAAACGCUGCAGGAGCAUCGAGAUCACCAAAGGAGUCAGUCAUAUAACAGUAGAAUAAAUCGACUAUAAUAAGAACCAUCUGCUUUUCCUUGGUCGGGCAAUCACACAAAUCAUAAAUUUGGUGGGUCGAACGCCCAAACUUUCUGAUCAUAGAAAAUCAGUUCGUUACAGCCUUUCAAUGGAAAUUAAGGCCUUUUUGUUUACCUUUAUGGAUUUUUUUAUUUACAUUUAUGUGUUUAUAUGUUUUUUAUCAAUAUGAAAAAAAGAAGAAAACUAUUAACAAUGAACACUGUCAAGAAAUUCUGUCCACACUUUUCUUUUUUUCUCUAUUUUGCUCCUAUUCCGAGAAAUUUCUUUAAACAAACGGUACAUAAUCGUCUUUUACGCUUUAUGCGUUGUGUAAGUGGCCGAUUUUUAUGCAUUUGGUUGUGCAUUUGCUGCACAAAACGAUCUCGCAGAAAUUUCAAAAAGUUCACUUUCCACCCCAAUUAAUUAAGCCAUCACAACUUACUGAAAGCGUGACAUUCUUAUUCUUAUUCAUUCUUAUGGACAAGAAUAUCGCAAGCCAGAAAAAUAUCAAAAGUUCAAAAUAUAAAGGCCCUUUAUUAAAUUUUUUAAAUAUUUUUUUUAAUAUCUAUUUUAUUUUAUUAAUAUCUUAUUCAUAUGUUUUUUAUCAAUAUGUAUAAAAAUAAUAACAAAACUAUUAACAAUGAACGAGAAAAACAACUAAAUCCGAGUUUGCACAGAUUUGACAGCCAAGAAAUUGUUUGCACAAAGUACUUAAGCUAUCUUAGACUUAUAGUUUAUAGCAAAUUAUAAUAACUUGAGGCGAUUCUAAUACUUUGUAUGCAUACCCUUAGAAUUAAUAACAUAUUAUAUGCGUUUUUUUCAUUGAAAAAAUAACUUUUAAAGAUCAUAUUGUUUUGGGAUCUUAUGCCACUCUUCUAGUAUACCUUUUUGCGACUUUUUUCUUCAAAUGAACCCACAAAUUUUCUGUAGGGUUCAGAUCUGGACUCUGAGGCAGUUCCGCACAUUAUGCGCCUUAUGUUGGGGGUCAUUGUCCUGGUAAAAUUUAAAAUCAGGUCUAUUGUUCUUAUAAAAACCGAAUUUUUUGGCGCUGGAUGACAGAUGACACAAUCAUAACACUAACUAAAUUCAAACUCAAUACCAACUUGUCCGUUUUUCAAGGUGUUAUUUCAAUAAGCCACAUAUUAAACUCAUGUCCAUUCCUCCUACAAACCAAGCAUCCGUACUUUGGAAACUUACUUGUCCACUACACUAGGGAAUCACAUUCUGCCCCCAGGCGAGUCCGGAUGACUAUUUGUCGGCGAGGUAGACUUGCUCCACGGAACCUUUAUUUUCCUGACUUCCAAUGUAAUAUUACCCGGGACCCUUUAGUCGGCACCCCGGUUAGUCUAGAGAAAUUGUAAACAAUAAAUUCCUAAACAAUAAUACCUUCGCGUGAAUUUAAAUUUUUGAACUGUUUUAAAUAAUUUCAGACACAGAUAUUGCCUUAGCUGU